UCACCAACCCACCACUAGAGGUCUCCUCUUUCCGUAUAGAAAGCAUUCUCAGAGGUAGCUGCUUGAAUUGAUCAGAAAUUGCUGAAAUUAACCAAGUCACAGUUGACAAUCAAAAGAAACUGGGAAACUGAGACCGGAGUGACUUGUUCAAUAGCUAUUGAGAGGCAAAUCAAAUGAUGCUGUUUGGAAAAGUUGCCUGGCAGUUGUGUGGCUUGAAGAAAAUCCCAUGGUCAUGUGAUUCCAGAUACUUCUGGGGCUGGUUGAAUGCCGUGUUUAAUAAAGUAGAUUAUGAACGCAUCAGGGAUGUUGGCCCUGAAAGGGCGGCCUCCGAGUGGCUGCUUCGCUGUGGGGCCAUGGUACGCUACCAUGGCCAGGAGAGGUGGCAGAAGGACUACAACCACCUCCCAACAGGCCCUCUGGACAAAUACAAGAUCCAGGCCAUUGAUGCCACUGACUCUUGUAUCAUGGGCAUUGGAUUUGAUCACAUGGAGGGCCUACAGUAUGUUGAAAAAAUAAGGCUAUGCAAGUGUCAUUAUAUCGAGGAUGCCUGUUUGGAGAGAAUUAGUCAACUUGAAAAUUUACAAAAAAGCUUGUUGGAAAUGGAAAUUAUCUCGUGUGGGAAUGUCACAGACAAAGGCAUCAUUACUUUACAUCAUUUAAGAAACCUCAAGUAUUUGUUGUUAAGUGAUCUUCCUGGAAUAAGAGAUAAAGAAAACCUUGUCCAAGUCUUUAGGACAUUACUACCGUCUCUGGAACUAAAAUUAGACUUGACGCAAAAUAAGACCAGCAUGAAGCAUGGAAGACUGCUUCUGGAAUUUCCCUUCAUAGCUUGCCAAGUGGCCUCCCCCAGUUAGUUAGUUGCUUAUGUUUU